AUUAUUCUUUUUUUCUAGAAAAAAGUAAACAUUUGGAAAUUCAUUCACAUUAAAUUAUUUGUUUUCUUUGUAAAUGUAAUUGAAAUCGAUUUCAAUUGCGACAUAAUUGAACUAAAUUGUACGAAAUCAUUGUGAAACGAAAGAAAAAAAUUGCAAAUAAUUUUGUAAACAAUGGGAAAUGCAGGGAGCAGUAAUAUUCCGCGCGAACGUCAUAAAUCGAGUUCGAGUGAUAUGCCCAGUUCGCCAGUGUUAAAAGAUGGUCAAGCCUUUGUUUUUGAUAAAAAAUCGGACAAAGCAUUGUCACAGUAUCAAGGUUCAUCGCAUGAAGAAGAAGAACCAUAUUAUACAAAACCAGUUACGACCACAGUUGAACCAAUUGUAACAACAUCAACAACAACUAGCACAGUCACAACCGAAGCAUUGCCAAUUGCAUCGCAAAAUACGAACAUUGAUCCAACAACAAAAGUGCUCCCAACUGUCUUCAAAUGGGAUGGUGGCGGCAAAGAGGUAUUCAUCAGCGGUACAUUUUCCGAAUGGAAGGCAAUACCGAUGGUCAAGAGUCAUGGCGAUUUCGUAACAAUCGUUGAUUUGCCAGAAGGUGAACAUCAGUACAAAUUUUGUGUAGAUGGUGAAUGGAGACAUGAUCAAAAAUUGAAACACGUUGACAAUGACGUUGGAACCAAGAAUAAUUUGGUAUCGGUGAGACAAUCCGAUUUCGAAGUAUUCCAGGCCUUGGCCAAGGAUAGCGAAGAUAGUGUGAACAGUGCACAAAAGGAAUGGGGCCAGGAUAUCCCUUCAGAUAAACCAUGGGGAGCAGGACCACCAGUCUUGCCGCCGCAUCUUCUUCAAGUCAUUUUGAACAAAGACACACCAUUAUCGUGUGAACCGACGUUGUUGCCCGAACCAAAUCACGUAAUGCUAAAUCAUUUGUACGCAUUAUCCAUUAAAGAUGGUGUAAUGGUGCUCAGCGCUACUCAUAGAUAUCGGAAAAAAUACGUGACCACUUUGUUGUACAAACCAAUCUAGAAGUGCCGUAAUCAAAUCAAUAGAGACACGUCUAUUUUUUUCGCUUUUUGUUUGUUUGCACUUAUUUUUCGUUUUGUUGUUAAGAAUUUUAUGAACUUGACCUAUUAGCACGACUACAAUUGGUUCUAGGCUUUAGCAUUGAAUUUUCGCUUUGUGAUUUACUACACACUAUUUCGUGUGUUCAACUUUGCUGCUUGUAUGUAUGACAACAAAAUAAAAUUUUAAUUAUUCUUCCGAGCUUCAACUUUGGCAAAGAUGUGCACCGAAAUUUUGGCGUAAUAUCGAAGAAACGUAAUAAAAAAAUACUGGUAUAUUUUAGCAAAUGUA